ACACCAUGCAUAACUCCAUAUUCAUACUCCAUUACUCCAUAGUCUCUUCUGUUUUUAUUCUCUGAAAACACGUGGAGGGAUCAGGAAGACAAUUUUUAUGUAUACUUUAAUAGAAAAGUGCGCAUAGUUCUUUCUCGAGGAUGAAGGUUAAAGUGUUGAGUAGGAAUCCUGAUGAGUACUUACGGGAGACUAAACGAGACAUUCACAAAAUCCCACGAAACUUCGAUCCUGCUUUGCAUCCCUUUCAAGCGGCCAGGGAGUACACGAAAGCGCUGAACGCCGUUAAGCUGGAGAGGGUGUUCGCGAAGCCGUUUAUAGGUAAUUUGGAAGGCCACAAGGAUGCGGUGUCCUGCAUGUGUAAACAUCCGUCACAGCUGUCCACUCUUCUGAGCGGCGCUUACGACGGCGAGGUGAGAACGUGGAAUCUCGGCCUGGGGACGUGCACGAGCUCGUUUCUGGCUCACGACGGUAUAGUUCGAGGUAUCACGUACGUGCCCGAUGGAAAACACUUCAUUACUCUCGGCGAUGACAAGACGAUCAAGACUUGGGACGCUGUCUCCGCUGGCGGAGAUGAGGAACCCACAAAUACUAUUGUCAGCAAAACAGUACUAACUGGUAUAACUCAUCAUCGGGCCAAACCUGUGUUUGUUACAUGCGGAGAAGGAAUAUGUCAGAUGUGGGAGGAUACUCGUAAUGAGCCGCUUCGCACAUUUAAAUGGGGUGUAGACAGUCUACUUGAUGUAAAAUUUAAUCCUGUACAGAAAAAUCUCUUAGCCUCUUGUGCCAGCGAUCGCAGCAUAAUUGUAUACGAUACUAGAGAAACAGGACCUUUAUCAAGGAUAGUGAUGAAAUUACGGAGCAACAAGCUUUCUUGGAAUCCCAUGGAAGCUUUCAUCUUUACCUGUGCCAGUGAAGAUUACAAUUUGUACACGUAUGAUAUGCGCAAGUUGAAAACGCCAGUUAACGUACAUAUGGAUCACGUGGAGGCCGUGAUAGACGUGGAUUAUUCGCCGACAGGGAAAGAAUUUGUUUCAGGCAGCUACGACAAGUCGAUACGUAUUUUCGAGGUGAACAAAGGCCACUCGCGAGAGGUGUACCAUACGAGGCGCAUGCACAGGCUCACCUGCGUAGCAUGGUCGCUCGAUAACAAAUACGUGAUUAGCGGCAGCGACGAAAUGAAUCUUCGCGUAUGGAAGGCUAAAGCGUCAGAAAAGCUCGGCAUUCUGAGGGCCAGAGAAAGAAACGCGCUGCUUCUGAAUGACACUUUGAAAGAGAAGUACGCGGCGCAUCCGGAAAUUCGACGAAUUGCACGUCACCGACAAGUACCGAAACACAUAUAUAACGCGCGAGCCGAAUUACGAACGAUUCGCGAGAAAGGUAGACGCAAGGAGGCUAAUAAGCGCCGUCAUUCCAAGAAGGGAACAGUACCAUUCGUGUCAGAGAGGCAAAAGAAUGUUGUCGGUCAAGACAGCUGAAGCAGCAUGUUCUCGUAUCUUUUUAUCUGACACGAUUGUACGCAUCACAUUUCAAGCCUUUAUUUACCGUUACUCGUUGGUUGUCUCGGGUCGUCGAUUUUUAUACUUGUCAGACCUUACAGGAUGUUAUGUGACGGUAACGAGUACUUUGUAUUAUAUUUAUUGUAAUAAAUAAUUUCUCUUGACAUUAUACAA